AGGGAGGAACUUUCGAAGGUUCAGUUCAAUAUGGACAUUUCUGUUCUCCAAUAAUCUUCAUAUAUCUUCUUCCUUCAAUCCUUUCUCUCUCAUAAUCAGCUAAUUUCUGUUCUCCAAUAAUCUUCAUAUAUCUUCUUCUUCCUUUAAUUCUCUUUCUCAAAAAGAUAAUCAGCUAAUUUCAACCAUGAAUGAAGAUACAGGAGAAGAUAAUGUUACUGUUCCUCUUCUCCCUCAUUCUCUCCGACGAUCCGCCUCUAAUACGACCUCUCAAGUCGCUAUCGUCGGCUCCAAUCUCUGCCCUAUCGAAAGCCUAGACUACGAACUAUUAGAGAACGACGUUUUCAAACAAGACUGGAGAAGCAGAGGAAAGAUUCAGAUAUUUCAGUAUUUAUGCAUGAAAUGGAUGCUUUGUUUCUGGAUUGGACUUAUCGUAGGCUUAAUUGGAUUCACAAACAAUCUCGCAGUUGAGAACUUGGCUGGCAUAAAGUUUGUUAUCACCUCAAAUAUGAUGUUGGCUCAAAAGUAUUGGACUGCUGCUAUUGUUUUUACUGCUUCGAAUUUUGCACUGGCUUUGUUUGCUGCUUUAAUAACCGCUUUCAUAUCGCCUGAGGCCGCCGGUUCAGGCAUUCCGGAAGUGAAAGCUUACUUGAAUGGUGUUGAUGCUCCCGGAAUAUACUCUGUUCGGACCUUGUUUGUUAAGGUUGUUGGGAGCAUAUGUGCUGUGUCAUCAUCUCUUGUCAUUGGAAAGGCAGGCCCUUUGGUACACACUGGAGCAUGUGUUGCAGCAUUAUUGGGUCAAGGUGGAUCCAAGAAAUAUAGAUUGACUUGCGGCUGGUUGCGAUACUUCAAGAAUGACAGAGACCGUCGCGAUCUUGUUACUUGUGGAUCAGCCGCUGGAAUAGCUGCUGCUUUCCGUGCUCCAGUUGGUGGUGUUCUGUUCGCUCUUGAAGAAAUGGCAUCUUGGUGGAGAAGUGCUCUUCUAUGGAGAUCUUUUUUCACGGCUGCUGUGGUUGCAAUUGUGCUUAGAGCCCUUAUUGACUAUUGCUAUUUGGGAAAAUGUGGGCUGUUUGGAACUGGGGGUUUGAUCAUGUUUGAUGUCAGUUCAACUAACAUUUCAUAUCAUUUGAGGGAUGUGGUUCCUGCCCUUGUCCUGGGAGUGAUUGGUGGUAUAUUGGGAGCUUUAUACAACUGUCUUCAAGAAAAGAUUCUACGUGUUUAUGCUCUAAUUAACGAGAAGGGUACCGUCUACAAAAUCAUUCUCACAUGUUCGAUAUCCCUCAUCACAUCAUGCAUUCUCUUCGGCCUACCCUGGUUAGCCCCCUGCCAACCUUGUCCAGCUGACGCUUCGGAAGCUUGUCCAACAAUUGGCCGAUCCGGAAACUACAAAAAAUUCCAAUGCCCUCCCGGCCAUUACAAUGAUCUCGCCAGCCUAAUCUUCAACACAAACGAUGACGCAAUCCGAAACCUAUUCAGCAAAAACACUGACGACGAAUUCCACUUACUAUCCAUCUGCGCCUUCUUCCUCAGCUGCUUCUUCCUCAGCAUGAUAAGUUACGGAAUCGUAGCCCCCGCCGGUCUCUUCGUUCCCGUCAUAGUAACGGGUGCAUCCUAUGGCCGACUUAUUGGAAUGUUAAUAGGCUCCGGUUCGACUCUCAACCAUGGUCUUUUCGCAGUCCUCGGUUCUGCAGCCUUUCUAGGAGGAACUAUGAGAACCACAGUUUCCUUGUGUGUGAUUCUUCUCGAGUUAACGAAUAACCUUCUACUCCUACCGUUAAUAAUGCUGGUUCUUCUCAUCUCUAAGACAGUCGCGGACGCUUUCAACGGAAAUAUCUACGACUUAAUCAUGAAGCUGAAGGGCUUACCGUAUCUAGAAGCUCAUGCAGAGCCUUACAUGAGACAUCUUACAGUCGGAGAUGUUGUGACCGGUCCUCUUCAGAUGUUUAAUGUAACAGAAAAGGUCGGUAACAUAGUACAUGUGUUGAGGACGACUAGACAUCACGGUUUUCCUGUCAUAGAUAAGAAUGAACGAUCACAAUCGACGGUUUUGUUCGGUUUAGUGCUAAGGGAUCAUCUUGUUACGUUGCUGAAGAAGAAAAAGUUUUUGGCUGGACCUGAAACCGGGAGGGAGGAUGUGAAUAUGGGCGCGUUGAACAUGUUUUCGGGUGGGGAAUUUGCGAAGAAGGGUAUGGGACAUGGGGAUAAGAUCGAGGAUGUCGAGUUGAGUGAAGAAGAAAUGGAGAUGUUUAUGGACUUGCAUCCGUUUACUAAUACGUCCCCUUAUACUGUUGUGGAUACAAUGUCGUUGGCUAAGGCUCUCAUACUUUUUCGACAAGUUGGUUUAAGGCAUUUACUCGUCAUACCCAGGAUUUGCAGUAUAUCGCCAGUAGUAGGUGUUUUGACAAGGCAUGAUUUUAUGCCCCAACAUGUAUUGGGUUUGCACCCUUCUUUGGUAAGAAACAGGUGGAAGAGACCCAGAAUCCGUUUUCCUACUUGGUUCAAAACCUCUUGAAGUGGGCUGACCCAUCUUGUCCAAAUGUCCUGCUUGACCCGACCCACAUAACAAUUAUUUCUGAAAUCAUCUCUUUGUAUUAAUAAUUUUAUUGCAUUUUAAAAAUGUACUCAUUUGUCAGAUCCCAAAAGUAUAUUUAUAUAUAUAUACUUUUAUUUUAUUUUGCUAAAACACAAUAUUGCAGUAUCAUGU